CGCCCUGAUUUUAGGUUUCAAAACAUUUUCAAUUGUCGAACAUUGCAGUUGCGCGCGUGUUAAUUAAAGUAGCUGGGCGUUUAAUAAAAAAAUCUUAAUAUAAAGGAUCAUAAUUUUAUAUACAUAUACACAUACCCGAUAACAACUAACAUCCCCAAAAUAGGAACAAAAUAUUGCAAUUACAAUCUCAACAAAAUGAUGAAAGAAAGCUCGGAUGUCGCCACUUGUGUGAAUUCUGUUAAGCCCGCCAGCAGCUAUAUCUCCACAUCGCUCUACGAACCGGUCAAACUGCGCAUCGGCAAACAGGGUGUCGCUGCCACUGAACCACAGAGCAUACCGCAUUUUUUUCACGACCGCUGCACACGUUAUGCCGACCUACCUGCGCUUGUCUACGCCAGUGAGCCCUUAGAUCCCAACGCUACUUCAGCUACUGUCACCUACGCAGAAUACGAACGUCAUGUGGAGCAGACAGCGCUCAUGCUCUUGCAUGUUGGCCUACAGCCACGCUCAUCCAUUGGCAUGCUGGCUUUCAAUUGCCCCGAAUGGUAUUAUGCAGAGAUUGCUGCGUUGCGCGCUAAUGGCAUUGUGGCCGGUAUUUAUCCGAGCAGUUCGCCAGAAGCGGUACAGCAUGCGCUGGAAACCUCCCAGGCUACCGUUUGUGUUGUGGAUGAUGCCAAACAAAUGGCAAAAGUGCGCGAGGUGAAGGAGAGAUUGCCACUUUUGCGUGCCGUCAUACAGCUGCAUGGCCCAUUUGAGAAUUUCGUGGGUAAGGAGGAGGGUUACUAUCGCUGGACUGAUGUGAUAGCGCUGGAGUACGAUGAUCAGUUGCGCGAGGAGCUGGCGCAACGUGAGCGCGCUGUGGGCGCUAAUGAGUGUGCGAUUCUGAUUUUUACGUCUGGUACUACAGGCUUUCCGAAAGCUACAAUGCUCUCUCACGACUCUGUCAUUAUGAAUGCCAAAUUUAUAGCUUCUUCUGUCAGUCACUUCAGCAAAGCCGGCGAGAGAUCCGUCUCCUACUUGCCUUUGAAUCAUAUUGCCGCCCAGAUUUUCGAUGUCUAUCGAGGUUUAGAGAUGGGCUCUUGCAUCUACUUUGCCGAUCAAGACGCACUCAAAGGUUCGUUGACGAAAACAUUUGCCAAAGCGCGUCCCUCGUCCAUGUUCGGCGUACCACGAGUUUUCGAGAAGAUGCAGGAAAAGUUGAAGCAAGUCACAGCGAACUCAUCGAGAUUUUCACGUUACACAUUAGAUUGGGCGCGAGAAGUGACUUUGGAUCAUUAUCUGAGUAAAAGCGAUAAGCCCAGCCAUUCAACGCACUCUUUUAAAUUGUGGUUGGCAUCAAAGCUAACACACCAAGUCAAGUAUGCGUUGGGCCUCGAUCAAUGUAGCUGGAUUAUAGUGGGUGGUGCACCAGUGACAACUGAAUUGAAAAAAUUUUUCACUAGCCUGGACAUGCCGCUUUGUGAGGCUUAUGGAAUCUCUGAAAUGGGUGGCGCUGCGGUCUUGAAUUUAGACUACGGUAAUUUGUACAGCUGUGGAAAAGCCUUAGACGGCGUGGAAAUAAAAAUCUACAAACCAAAUGAAGACGGGCAUGGUGAGGUUUGUCUUCGCAGUCGCUCGACCAUGAUGGGCUACCUUAAUGAGUUGGAGAAGACCCUUGAAAUACUCACAGAAGAUGGCUGGCUCUUAACCGGCGAUCUGGGGUAUCUAGACUCCGUUGGAAAUCUGACAAUAACUGGCCGCAUCAAGGAGUUGGUCAUCACUGCAGGCGGCGAAAACAUACCACCCGUACAUGUCGAAAAUUUAGUAAAAGCAGAAUUGCCAUGCGUGAGCAAUGCGCUGCUCGUUGGAGAUCAACGCAAAUAUCUAUCGAUUUUGUUAACACUGAAGACCGAUAUGGAUUCGACAACCGGCAUGCCUUUGGACAUACUUCAUCCCGAUUCUAUUGCUUGGCUUCAAGAAUUGGGUUUCAACUAUACACGUUUGUCAGAGGUUUUAAAUAUACCAGCGGACCUUAGCGAGUACGAUGACACCACUUUGUUGGUGCAGCCUGAUGCAAAGAUUGUGGCGGCUAUAGAGGAGGCGCUGAAACGCGCAAAUCAACGUUCAUUAUCGAACGCCCAAAAAGUACAAAAAUUCGCCAUACUCCCACACGAUUUUUCAGUGCCAACUGGCGAAUUGGGUCCCACGCUGAAAUCGCGUCGUAAAAUAAUUUUACAAAAAUAUGCUGCUAUUAUAGAUCGCAUCUAUCAGUAGGUUGUUUAUGUUUCCAAAUUUCAUCUAGGAUUUCUGAACACUUUCAACAAAUGAACUGAUAAAAAAUAGGUUAAAUAGCGUAUAUCGAGCAAUUCUUUGCCAAAUUAUUAAAACAAAAAUAAAUGCUAGAAAAACUAUUA